GUUUGUGUAGAUGACCAAGCCUCAUAAGAAUAACCUUAAACGCGGCCUCUAACUCCUGGCCUUAGGGUUUGAGGCUGCAGAAGCAGUCAGGGAUUUGUGCACCUCAGCUGCUGCUGGUUCUCACUGGGGAGGGUGUUGUGGUGCUGCCAAGGGGAUGCCACGUGUGCUAACAGCACUGCCUGCCCCCUGUAUGAGCUCUCCUACCUGCAGCGGUGUGGCAGCAGCGAUGCUGCAGGCUGUGUGCUCAGCCCUCGGACGCAAUCAUCACCUCCAGUUGUGCAAGGCACCUCCUGGCAUGUAGCAAUGGGUGCCUGUGGGUGAGAUGGUUCAUACAGGAGCUCACAGCAGGCAUUAACCACAGCCUCAGUGGGCCGUCCCCAGGCGUGGGAGGAUGCGCCAGGCUGUGACCUGCUUGCAGUCACUGUUGUUUUGGCACCACAGCCCGGGAAGAGUAGGACAGGCAUGGAGCCACUGUCUGCUCUGUGCAGAACAGGGGCUGCUCCCAGGGCAGCAGCUCCCAGCCAUUGCCAGCACCCUGUGCUGGGCCCAGGCAGGAUGCUAUAUUUGGCCUGGCAGAGCAGUGCUGCUGAAACCCGACGCGGCCGCGCUGUGCGGGGCAAACAGCUGGAGCCAAUGGGGCCGGCUUGUCUUGGCCAACGCCGCGCUGAGAUGAGAACGGCCCAGAACACUCACAGCCAGCCGCCAGCAGCGGACGGACCCACAGACACUCCAUCUCUGCUGGAAGAGGAGGACGACUUUCUUGCCCACCGGACACAGCAGAGCAGGGGCUGUGGGACCCGGCAGCUUUAACAGAGCGCAGAAAAAAGGAAACAUUUCACUCCUGGCAGAGCAGCAGAAUGAAGCGGCCCGAGGAGAACGGCAUCAGCGAGGGGACAGCCGAUGGCCGCAACAAGAAACGUCGCUGGAUGCAGCGCCUGAUCCCAGACAGCUUCUGGGAGGAUGCUAAGAAGCUGCUGGUGCUGGCAGGGCCGCUGAUCCUGAUCCAGCUGCUGAUUUUCCUGAUACACCUGGUCAGCUCCAUCUUCUGCGGCCACCUGGGCAAGGUCGAGCUGGCCUCCGUCACGCUGGCCAUCGCGGUUAUAAAUGUCACUGCCAUCUCUGUAGGAUACGGUCUGUCUUCAGCAUGUGAUACCUUGAUAUCGCAGACUUAUGGCAGCAGGAACCUGCUGCGCGUGGGGGUGAUCCUGCAGCGUGCCAUCAUCAUCCUCCUGCUCUGCUGCUUCCCUUGCUGCGCUGUGCUCAUCAACAUCGAGCAGCUCCUGCUGCUCAUCCGCCAGGACCCUGAAGUCUCCAGGUUAACCCAGCUCUAUGUGAUGGCGUUUGUCCCAGCUCUGCCGGCAGUGUUUCUGUAUAACUUGGAGACCAGGUACCUGCAGAACCAGAUGAUCAUGUGGCCCCUGGUGCUGAGUGGGCUUAUUGGCAACAUUGUCAAUGUGAUCGCCAACUCCGUCUUCCUCUAUGUGUUCCACCUGGGAAUUGUGGGUUCUGCCUGGGCCAACACCAUUGCUCAGUAUUCUCAAACCAUUUUCUUGUUCCUGUACAUUGUAGGCAAGAAGCUCCACGUGAAGACGUGGGGAGGCUGGUCCAGAGAGUGCCUGCUGGAGUGGGACAGCUUCACCUCCCUGGCCAUCCCCAGCAUGCUCAUGAUGUGCAUCGAGUGGUGGACCUAUGAAAUCGGCAGCUUCUUGAUAGGGCUGCUGAGUGUCGUGGAGCUGUCAGCACAGUCUGUGAUCUACGAGGUGUCCGUCGUUGCCUUCAUGAUCCCCCUGGGACUUGGCACAGCUGCCAGCGUGCAGGUGGGGAAUGCUCUGGGCGCCGGUGACAUCGAGGUGGCCAAGAGAUCCUCCUCCACCAGCAUGCUCUGCACAGGGGGGUUUUGCAUUGCUGUAGGGGCCAUUUUAGCUGCCACAAAGGACGUGCUGGGAUACAUCUUUACCAAUGAAAAGGAGAUUAUCGACUUGGUGGCCUGGGUCAUGCCGGUCUAUGUCGUCUUCCACUUGUUUGAAGCCAUGUGUUGUGCCUGUGGUGGGGUGCUCAGAGGCACAGGCAAGCAGAAAUUCGGUGCCAUCCUCAACGCUGUGAGCUACUAUGGUGUGGGACUGCCCUUGGGAGCUGUGCUGCUCUUCGUGGCCAGGAUUGGUGUCAUAGGCUCAGCGCCGUGCAGGAGUGACCCCGCAGCCGCUGGAGGAGCAGCAGCAGCAGCAGAACCCCGAGCCCCACAGCAAGGGGCCAUCCCUGAUGCCCCACACUCACCUCCCUGCUGCAACGGUGCGGGGCUGCGUAGCGGGAGUGGAUGCUCAGAACGGCGUGGUGCUCACGGGCAUCACCAGGACGGAUGGUGCCAACUUCCAGGAGGAGCCGCGCGGUGCGCUGCCGGGCGCUGCGCCCACCUGGGGGCUGAUCCUGCGGCGAGGAUUGGCGGCGGUCGCGGCCAUCGCAGUGCUCGCACUCGGCGUUGUGAUAAAGCUCGUGACCAGCAAACACUGACCUGCAGCAGGGCUCAGGGACUUGCUUUGGGGACCGAGGCCCCUCCUGGCGGAUGGAUGCGCAAAGCACAGACCGGACUGCACCUGGACGUCCCAUAGAGUUCAGCCUUUGGCGGCAUCUCAUCGGCUUCUGCUUGGGAACGGCCCUACAGCUGCUCCGACUCCAGGAGCGUGGCUCUGGGCUGCUACACCGAGCAAUGCAGGCGUCCCUUCCUGCCCUGCCGCAGCUCUCACCCACUGAUCGGAGCUGAGCUCACAUCACUGCUCUGACAAUGCCAAAUAAAGAAUGAACUCAACUGGGCUCAUCCUUUAGGCGCUGCCCUUGGGACACCCAGAUGGCUUCUGUGGUGAAACAAGACUUUAUCCAGCAAGGGUCAGGCUCCCAGUUCAGUACUAUGAGGUGAAAGACAAGCAGUGCACCAACAGAACACAGAAAUCCCAUUACAGGUGAGAUUGCCAGCUGCUCAGCCAAGGCUGUCCCAUUCACAGCACGCACCGUUGGGCUCACUGCUGAUAUGAGGCAGCUUUACGCAGGGAUCACGUGAGACAUGUUACAUAGCCAGGCUCAGUAAUGAGUGACCUUCCUCCAACAUGAUUCCCCCAAGCCCAAUAGCUGUUCCAAGGGCUCCUAUCUGCAGCGUGGGGCAGGGACCGCUCCCUUCCGCCCGCACUACUGGGACAUGGCCAAAGGUUUCAGGCUGCAACAGCUCAGCAGCAGACUGAGUUAUCCGGGGCUCCUUUGCUUCUACUCAGUCAGUUGGUAGAGAAGUUGUUCAGCAAUGGGAAUGCAGGAUGAAAACGAUAGGUUAUGGCUCUGCUGGGUGCAGGGAACUCUCACCAUAGGGUCACCACCUGCAGAAGGACAGACAGGCUGGGUGCCCCCAGGGGGGAGCAGAGCCCCACAAAGCAAUGGGGUGGAGAUGGAGCUCGGGGAACACAAAGAGCACCACUCAGCUGUAUCACCACCAUCACCACAAUGCCCAACACAGCCAACACCAUCAGCCCUGUGCAAAGUAAGUUACCCCAAAACAGCUGUCUGCCAGCUGCCUCCCAGGCAGAGCAAGCAAGCACAAGCCCUGCUCCUACACAGCGCUCUCCUCCCACAGGAGGAUGUUUGGCCUGGGCCCAAUACAAUGUGCCCUUCACCCAGCCAUCCCCUGGUGUUGUGAGCUCACAAGCAUCAAAUCACAGCUUGCUGCUCUGUGUAAUGGGAGGGAGGUGCUGCUCAGGCACUGGGGACCCUCCGACACCGCGCACAGCCACACCACUGCUUGCUGCUGAACGCGUGAAAGUGAUCCCACUUGUCCCAGGAGGACAGACCGAGUGCAGGUGGGACACACUUACAGGAUGGAUUGGCAUAGAAUAGGGGCAGAAGUGGCCCAGCCAGAUUUAGUGAUCCUUCCCUGACAGCAGGAGAUCUGUGCUGCUGUGCUGGGACGGAGGUACACGUGAAACAGCUGCCACCUGCACACACACGUGCCAAGUUCAGCCAGAGCUGGCGUGGCACAGGACAGGCAGGAUUCCACAGGAGAUUGCAGUGACUUACCACACUUGCUUUCUUAUUUAAAUUCUUAGUAUUUAUUUUGUAUUUGCAAAAUAAUUCAUUACAAAGCCUUAGCAUGUGGAUUUUCACCAGACGCGAAGAAAUCCCACCUACUGCGUAGUGAUCACAAUUUGCUAAGAAAUGCAUUCAGUCAUCACUUCCAGAUUUUCUUUAAAGAACAUUUACAGGGUCCUUCCGCCUUCAAUUUCUCCACCACCAUCUCCCCAAAUUAGAGCAGGUCCCAUAUCAUAACCCAGUGCAAGACCUCAGCAGACCCAGAAGCUCAAACACAUUGGGGGACACACUCCAGUAAUUGCUUUCUCCUGUUCAGGGGUCCUCUGUCAUUAGUAAAAUACAGACAUGGCACUUAUCUUCUUUGUAGUCUUGUAAUUAUCAAAUAAUUGCUAUGAUGUGCCCCACAGCCCCCAAAAGGAGUCAGCCUGCAUCACCCAACAGCUGUGGAUGAUUCUGGCUCACGGGGAUCCAGGAAUAUUCCACCCCAAA